AUGGCUCCUUCAGUCGAUCUGCUUUCGGGUCCUACACAACUGCCCAUAAACACCAAAGCGACAGCGACGUCUGUCCUUACACCUGAGGCACCGAAAGCUGUCGACACCAUCUCCAAGAAGACCAGCACAGAAGAUGCAGUGGAACCCAAUGUCAAGCGCACGAAGCGUGUCGGCAAGCUGCCCGUCACUCUCUUGUCCGGCUUCCUGGGCGCUGGCAAAACGACGCUGCUGCAGCACAUUCUAACCAGCAACCACGGUCUGGGUCGCGUCGCGGUCAUCGUCAACGACAUUGGUGAGUCGCCACGCUAGCCCUAGUCUUGACGGAACCUGAUCCACUUGCAUCCGAACACAACUUUUGGCAGGCGCCCUCAACAUCGAUGGAGCUCUCUUGUCUCAGGCAAAGGUCAAGCAGACGACUGAGAGAUUGGUAGAGAUGCAGAAUGGAUGCAUUUGCUGCACUCUGCGCGGCGACCUCCUGGAAGAGGUGGCUGCUCUUGCACAAGAAGGUGGCGUCGAUUACCUUGUCAUCGAAAGCACCGGCAUCAGCGAGCCUAUGCAGUGA